AUGGACGGUGCUCGUUUCUUUGAAAUUCAGAGGAACUUGUCCCUCGCGGUACAUCUCCUGAAAUAUCGUUUCAAGUUCCACCAUCAGACGGAGCCCACCAAACGUGGAGAGUUCGGCUGGAAUCGCGUUCGAUCCUGGUGUUUUCCCGAUGAUAGUGUAGGCGCCCCCACCCUAUCAGCCCGUGGGAUG